AUGCUUCGUUCUAUUGAAGAAGUUGAUAAACCAGCCAAAAGGGGCAAGAAACCUGAAUUGCAAAAGGAUGGACUGGUAGAAAAACAAUCCAUGGGACAGACUCCCAAGAAGAGGAAAACUGAUCAAGCAGCUCCUUCUCAACCACAACCUAAAAAGCAGAAGAAGCCUGCUAGGAGACUUAUUCUCCAAUCCUCAAGCAAUUCGGAUUCAGAAUAUGUUCCUCCUAAGCCCAAGAACGCUCCAAAUACAGAUUCUGAGAACGAAAGUUCAGAUGAAGAGGCUUCGGGCCGAGGAGAUACUCCACUUCACUCCCCAUCUCCAGAAAUUCCGGACUUGGAGUUUGACUCUACAUACUUCAGUCUUUAUCGAGUUCAAAGUGAGGAUGAUGAAGAUGAGCCAAUCACCAAACGUUAUCUAAAAGCGGUAAACAACAAGCUGGAUCAACUGCUUUCCUCCUCUUCCUCAGGUGCUUACUCAGAUGCGGUUUUAAAGGCUUUGUUCUCCUCAGUAGUUGUUGAACAUUCAGCCUCCUUAACUGCUGCAGCCAAGGCUAUUAAAGCCUCCACUUCUCAGUGUCAACAGGCUUCUCAAGCUGUUGAUGCUUCAACAAAAGAAUGCAAGGAAGCGACCGCAAAAGUCGAUAAACUAACUCUUCAGUCUGAGUGCUCGAAGGUUGAUGCAGCACGCAAUGCUAUUCAGCAGGCGAAUGUAGCAUUGCAUGAUAAUGUUAACGAACUCUUAUCUCAACUACAAAAGGACUUAGCGAUGGAGAAUGGGCUUAUGGAUGAGCUUGCCAGACGCACAAACCAGCUUAAACUGCAAACACAUAAGCUGCGAUCUGCUCAUGCUGAGAUUGAUGACCUCAAAAAGAGAUAG